AAGCGGACUGGUCCGGGUGCCGUGCGGAUCACGUUUGGGUAGUGACUGUCGCAACUUGCUCCGAAUCCCUGUAAAAUUGCUGCCUCCUCUUCGCCGCGUUUCCAAGCCUCUGCUCUGCAGUUCCCGCAUACGUGUGAUACAAAUAAUUGAAUAACCACAGUUAUUUUCUGGACCUGACUCGUUUAUAACUUCGGAAGAAAUAAUGGAAAGCCAGGAAUUUAUUGUACUAUAUACUCAUCAAAAAAUGAAGAAGUCAAAAGUGUGGCAAGAUGGAACUCUGAAGAUCACUCACUUGGGAAACAAAGCAAUUUUAUAUGAUGACAAAGGAGAAUGUUUGGAGAGUAUAUUUCUUAAGUGCCUUGAGGUGAAGCCUGGAGAUGACUUAGAAGGUGACCGAUACUUAAUCACAGUUGAGGAGGUUAAAGUUGCUGGAAGCAUAGCUAUUAAACAGGAUGUCAGUAAAGAAGCACCAGAGUUAAGUCCAAGGACAUUUCUAUCCUCUGGCCGAUCCCUUGGAUGUCAGCCUGCUGGUUUAAAAAGGAAGUUUACUGGUUUUCAAGGACCACGUCAAGUGCCAAAGAAAAUGAUGAUUACAGAAAAUGGUGAAUCAACGGCAUCACUUGAGGCUAAGAAACCUGGCCCUAAUUUUCUUUCUCCCUUGUACAGCACACCUCCUUUGUUUUCUACUGCUGGCAAGAAAGAUAUAAAUAAUAUGCCAAUAGACCCUGAGAACAUUGUCACUUACAGGAAUAGAGAAGCAAAUGGUUUACGUUUUUCUUCAGUUGUCUCUACUCCAUCUUUUAAGAGUAACCCAGAAAUGCUAUGUGAAGAAAAUUAUUCUUGCUUUCCUGUCUGUUCUGUAAAUAAGCAUUCAGAUUCUUUACUGACCAAUGAGGCCAUAAAAAAAGAUGGUUUGAUAUCUCACUGUUUGGGAGUUUCACAAAACGUCAGAAGCAAAGCACAUAUAUUAGCUCUUUUGAAGUCCAAGUCAACUAUGUGUAAGGAGCCAAAUUCUGGGAUUACAGAACAUCUCCCUCAGAUACAACUACAAGGAAGUAUAAACAUUCCUACUAAACCAAAGUGCAUAAUUGAACAGAAGGAGUGUGCUGACGUGAAGAGCACAGAAAGUUUACACGACCGGCAUCAAUCAGAAAAAAACGUGAGAAAUAAAAGCCGGUGGGCCAUGUAUUUAUCCUCACAGAGCUCACCUGUACAUUUUUCUAGUGAAGAUGGAAAUAAUAUAGAAAGGAAACCCAAGGCCCAGGGAGACAAUAUAGAUUUAAAUUUGAGAGACCUUUUGGUACAAGAAAAGAUACAGUUCUUUGAAACAUGUGCUGAAGAGGGCAAAAAGUAUAAUGAAGACAAGCCAGUAGAUGCUAAUGAUCAAUUUUGGGAUCAGGAAGUAGAACUGGAAAUUCCUUCAUUCUGUGAAAGCAACCAUAUACCAGUUACCUGUAGCAAUGUAGAGAAUGAUGGCUUAUUAUCCAAGCCUGACAUUGAAAAAAAUAAUAAAAUACCUGUUAAUGAAAAUGACCAGAUGUGUCUAAAAGGAUCAGUUCUCAUUAGAGAAAAUACUCAGGAGAUAAAUAUAUGUGGAACACCAGAAAAGGAGUACAAACAGCCAGUGUCGUUUCUGCCAGAAUCUGAACAUCUACAGAUUGAAUCUUCUAGAAGUAAAAAUUCUAGGGUCUCUGAUGACUUUAACAGCAUGCUUUCUAACAGUAAUACUGAUAGUGAAAGUCUUAAUAGUAUUCCCAAACCUAUGAGCAAUGUAACACAGCCACUUGUGGAGGUGACUUUUAAUCUGAACAAUUUUGAAACCAGUGACACUGAGGAGGAGUCACAGGAAAACAACAAAGUUUCCCAGGAUUCAGGGAGUCAUGUAAAGGAAACUUUGGUUAAUGACAGUAGUCCAGAUGUUCAAAAGAGAUGUGAAGAUAUAAGCUGUACAGAAGUUGGCAGUAAACAUUUGUCUCCCUUAACGUCUAUUGGGGAUAAACCUACAAAGACAUUUCCUAUUAAAGAGACUCUUCUAUCACAAUUUUGUGAUAAAGCUUAUGUGGGUUUUGACACAGGACCUUGGAAAGCUGAAAACAUUAGAAAAGGAACAGAAGAGUACAGUGACACAUUAAGCAAUUUUGACUCAUCCUUAGAAUGGACUGAUGAUGUAUAUGUAGAUAAUAAUGAAGAUGCUAAUAAAUCUAUUCAAAAAGUGAGAAUUAACUAUGAUACUGCUUCACUACUGAGUAAAUCUAAAGAUGUCAGCUCGAAUUUACAUAUUCCUCAUUUAAAUAUAGUCAUUAAUCAGACUCCUGAAAAUAGCCUAUUCUCAGACCAGGAGGAGCCUCAGCCUUUUGUUAUGGGAAGUAAUUUAGACAAAAACGAUGAAUGGGUUUUACCAUCAACUUCUAGCAGUGAUAUCAGUAUCCAACAAUUAAAUGUCAAUCAGAAUCACUCUGAAGAAUGUGUUGCACUUGAUAAAUCAAAUACCCAAGUUUCUAAUUCUUUGUUUUACCCUCUGGGAAAAAAGCGUCCAAUUUCCAAAGACACAGAAGCGUGUAUUCCUGAACCUGAAGAUUUGGGAAGGAUUAGAAGUUUAGACCAUGACCAUAUCGAUGUAGAAACUGUUGGAGAAAGCAAACAAUACUGGAAUAUUCCUAGAAAUCCUUCAGAACUCUCUGGAUUAGUAAAUAACAUUUCCCUUUUAAAGUCAUUGUCUGAACAUAGUACGGCUUUAGAAGGCUUGGAAAUAUUGAAAAAGAAAAAUACAACCUUUAAGCAACAAGGAACUCUGCAGACAUGUGAGCCAGACAGCAAUCCUGAAGCUAGGAAACCGUUGACUGAAGUAGUUUCACAAACUUUACCAAAGUUUCCUCAUCUGAACCAGGAUUCUCAACAGAUUAUAAAAGAAAAUGAAGUCAAACCAAGUGGACCACUUCAGUCUUUGCAGUUCUUUCCCUUGGGAGAUGAAGAAGAGGCUACUUUUCUAGAUGUUAUUCCUAAACAGUUAGAGAGAAAAACCUGUGAUCCUAAGCCUGUUGAGUUUCAAGGGCACCAAGUGAAAGGAUCAGCCACUAGCACUGUGAUGGUCAGAGGACACAACUCACAGCUAGAAUGCAGUCAGUUUCCAGAUAGUAUUGAGUAUGGAAACUGCAUGACGGACUCUUGUUUUUUGACACCAAAAUUGACUAGCGCUUGUAUGCAGAUUGAUUUCUUGCAGUUCCCAGAUGAAGACGACUUUCCAAAAGGAGGUAUUAGUUUUAAUAUUGAAGACAAUUUUCAAGUGAGAGCUGAGUCUAAUAAGGACACAGUUGAAAAUGACUCAAUUUUAGAUUUCUCUCCUAAAAAGUCAGAACGUUCAUAUCAUUAUUUGGAUUCUGAUUUUAAAUCAGCAGAGAGGACUUCAUUGGAAGCAAAUAAGAUGACAUCACCAGAGCAAAAGAUCUCGACCUUAAACCCUGUUUCUACUUUUUCUUUGAACUCAAGAGAUGAAGACUUUGUGCUAGAAUUCUCUACGGAGUCCCUGAAAGCAAGAACUUUACCUGUUAUCAAAAAACCCAGUUCUCUGGGGAAUAAGAACUUUCAAAGGCUUCCAUUAGUAAGUAGAACCCGAGUUCCACUUAUUACUUUGCCACGUGUUGAUAGGUCACCUGAUUUAGAUUCUCGUUCAUACGACAUCGUCUAUGACAGGCAAGAAUCUUCUGGUUCCCCCAUAUUCAACUUGUGUGAAAAGUCAGCGGUUCUUUCUUUUAACUUUGGACUUGACAACCAAAGUGAAACUUCCUUCUCUAAAGAAUCCAGAGAAGUGACUCCAAAGGAUGUUUUACUUCUCAAUAAUAUAUCUACUCAAAGCAAGUGGCUGAAAUAUCAAAACAUACCCCAGUGCAACUUGACUACUCUAAAUGUAGUUGAUAAAGUAACAGAUGGCUUCUUUGCUGAGGUUGUUUCUGGGACACAUUGUAGUGACAUAGGUGAAAGACAGAGUGAUGCUGUGAAUGAAAGCUCCAUGCAUUUGCAAAUGAUAAAAGACAUGCUCCAUCAGCAGCAACAGGAUUUUAGCAGUCAGAAUUUGAUUUCCAGAAAGAAAGCACUGUCUUUGAAUUUAAAGCAGACUACCAAGACUGAGAAAAUUCACAAUGUGUUAGGAGAGUCUGCCUGCUGCAACUACAGUGUAACAGGAGAUUUACAGGGGAUAAGUGGCUCUGAGCUGUGCUUCCCAAGUGGGCAGAAAAUAAAAUCUGCUUAUCUUCCCCAAAGGCAAAUUCAUAUACCGGCUGUUUUUCAGUCUCCUGCUCAUUAUAAGCAAAUUUUUACAUCUUGUCUCAUAGAACAUCUAAAUAUAUUGCUGUUUGGAUUGGCGCAGAGGUUGCACAAAGCUCUUUCAAAAGUUGACAUAUCAUUUUACACAUCACUAAAGAGAGAGAAACUGAAAAAUGUAGAAAGUAAUGUGCCAUCCUGCCAUCAUCAUCAACCUGCAAAACUUGUCACGGUUAAAAAGGAAGGUCCAAAUAAGGGUCGUCUCUUUUAUACCUGUGAUGGACCCAAAGCUAACCGAUGUAAAUUUUUCAAGUGGCUUGAAGAAGUGACCCCAGGAUAUUUAACAAAGGAAGCCUCUCUAACUAGCAUGGUUUUAAGUGAUAUAAAGAGUAUUGGCUUAUACUUAAGAAGUCAAAAGAUACCCCUCUUUGAGGAAUGCCAGCUUUUAGUGAGAAAAGGAUUUGACUUUCAAAGAAAACAGUAUGGCAAACUAAAGAAGUUUACAACUGUAAAUCCUGAAUUUUAUAGUGAACCUAAAAGCAAACUUUAUCUUAAGCUGAGUCGGAAGGAAAGUUCUUCAACUUAUAGUAAAAAUGAUCUUUGGGUGGUUUCAAAAACCCUAGACUUUGAAUUGGAUACUUUUAUUGCAUGUAGUGCUUUCUUUGGACCAUCAUCUACCAAUGAGGUGGAGCUACUACCUUUGCAAGGUUAUUUCCCCUCUAACUGGCCCACUAACAUAGUGGUCCAUGCAUUGUUGGUUUGUAAUGCUAGCACAGAGCUGACCACUUUGAAAAACAUUCAGGACUACUUUAACCCAGCUACUCUACCUCUAACACCGUACCUGUUAACAAUGUCUUCGUCAACUGUAGUUAGCAACAAGAGAGUCAGUAAGAGAAAAUUUAUCCCACCAGCCUUCUCAAGUAUCAAUACAAAAUUUGAACUUCUCAGCCUAGAAGCAACAUUGCAGUUAGCUAGUCAAUUAAUUCAGGCACACAAGUUAAAUGAGGAUCAAGCUACAGCCUUAAUUCAGAUAGCUCAAAUGAUGGCGUCGCACGAAAAUGCUGAAGUGAAGGAACUGCAAACACAUACCCUCCCUAUCACGAUCAUACAUGGUGUUUUUGGAGCAGGAAAGAGUUAUUUGCUGGCAGUGGUGAUUUUGUUUUUUGUACAGCUAUUUGAAAAGAGUGAAGUUCCUACAGUUGGAAAUGCAAGACCAUGGAAACUUCUCAUUUCUUCUUCCACUAACGUAGCUGUGGACAGAGUACUUCUUGGGCUUCUCAGUCUUGGAUUUGAAAAGUUCGUCAGAGUUGGGAGUGUUAGGAAGAUUGCCAAACCAAUUUUACCUUAUAGUUUGCAUGCUAGCUCAGAAAAUGAAAACGAGCAACUAAAAGAACUGAACGCACUAAUGAAAGAAGACUUGACUCCUCUGGAAAAGAUCUAUGUCAGAAAAAGUAUUGAGCAGCAUAAACUGGGGACCAAUAAAACCCUGCUGAAGCAGGUGCGGGUAGUUGGAGUUACCUGUGCAGCCUGCCCAUUCCCAUGCAUGAAUGAUCUUAAAUUUCCUGUAGUUGUGCUGGAUGAGUGUAGUCAAAUAACUGAACCGGCCUCUCUCCUUCCCAUUGCAAGGUUCGAGUGUGAAAAGCUGAUUCUUGUUGGAGAUCCCAAACAGCUUCCUCCUACUAUUCAGGGUUCUGAUGCAGCUCAUGAAAAUGGAUUAGAACAAACUCUUUUUGAUCGGCUCUGCUUAAUGGGUCAUAAGCCAGUUCUGUUGAGAACCCAAUACCGUUGUCACCCUGCAAUCAGUGCUAUCUCUAAUGAUCUGUUUUAUGAAGGAAACCUCAUGAAUGGCAUUUCAGAAACAGAGAGGAGCCCUUUAUUGGAAUGGCUCCCAACUCUGUGUUUCUAUAACGUUAAAGGACUGGAGCAGAUUGAAAGAGAUAACAGCUUUCAUAAUGUGGCAGAAGCUGCUUUUACACUCAAGCUGAUUCAAUCACUGAUUGUAAGUGGAAUAGCAGGCUCGGUGAUCGGGGUGAUAACAUUAUACAAAUCCCAGAUGUACAAGCUUUGUCAUUCACUCAAUGCCGUGGACUUUGAUCAUCCUGAUAUCAAAGCCGUGCAGGUAUCCACAGUAGAUGCUUUUCAGGGAGCUGAAAAGGAGAUUAUUAUUCUGUCCUGUGUAAGGACAAGACAAGUAGGAUUUAUUGAUUCAGAAAAAAGAAUGAAUGUUGCAUUGACCAGAGGAAGGAGGCAUUUGUUGAUCGUGGGAAAUUUAGCCUGUUUGCGGAAAAAUCAACUCUGGGGACGUGUGAUCCAACACUGUGAAGGAAGGGAAGAUGGAUUACAACAUGCAAGCCAAUGUGAACCACAGCUGAAUCAUCUUCUUAAAGAUUAUUCUGAAAAACAAGCAGAAGAGAAACAGAAGAAAAAGAGUGAAAAAGAUAAAUCUCAUUCACAAAAAGUCAUGGCAUAGAUAAUUUGUAUUUAUAUGAAUUUAAAUUCAUUUUACACUAUAUAUUUUUUAUAUUUUUACUACCCCAAAAUGUUAUUGAUAAAAAAUUUAUAAUAUUUAUGUAAUAAAUUAACUCCAAAUAAAAAUUUAUUCUUCAAAAAAUAUACAUACUUAUAUUAAGAUAGGCAGAUGUUGAACGUAAUAUAAAAUCUUACUAAUAAAAAUACACUUUUUUCUAAAAAUUAUUAUUUCUGUUUGCUAAAGGAAUAAAUUUUACAAAGGGUAUGGAAAAGCCUUCCUGGGGAAUACCAAUGUUACUUCAAAAAUAAGUAAAUAUCUCAAAAACUCAUCUAUUAGAACAUGGCUACAAAGUUGUAUCAAUACACCACUUUCUGAACUACAGUUCUAUCAGAAUCUUUAAAAACUAAAUAUAUAUAAUGCCCAGUUAUAAGUAAAAACAUAUUCACAAUAACUUUUUAGAAAUAUAAAAAGAAGAAGAAAAA